CAAAAAGGCAAAACCUCUGAUAAUUGAUUGCAUACCUGAAAAAUGAACUUACUCAGCACAGGUAAAACUGUAUCAGUAAUAGGCUUAAAGGUGCGAUUUGUCUCCUCAUUUUACAAACUACAUUAUAACUGGUGACUAUUCACCGUGGAUAACAGAAAUACAUUUGUGUGGGAUUUCCCUUGUCCGUGAUCGUGAAUCUAGAGUACCUGAGGGAGACAGAGGACUAUAUACUAGUGACGAAGAGACGUUAUCACUGAUGUACCCAAACAAGAUGAUCAAUAACAUGUUCUCCUACCACCUGGCUGCUAUGGGGCUGCUCCCAACAUUUCAGAUGGAAGGUCAAGGUCGAGUAAAUCAACUUGGUGGAGUUUUUAUAAACGGGCGACCCCUCCCAAAUCAUAUCCGCCUGAAAAUAGUAGAGCUGGCUGCACAGGGGGUGCGUCCGUGCGUCAUCAGUCGUCAGCUAAGGGUUUCCCACGGCUGUGUGAGUAAGAUACUCCAGCGUUACCAGGAGACAGGCAGCAUCCGCCCGGGGGUAAUCGGCGGCAGUAAGCCUCGAGUCGCCACCCCGGAAGUGGAGAGAAAGAUAGAAACAUACAAAAGGGACAAUCCAGGUAUUUUUAGCUGGGAGAUACGGGAUAGGCUACUGAAGGAGGGAAUGUGUGACCGUAGUUCCGUCCCUAGUGUCAGUUCUAUCAGUAGGGUACUUCGGAGUAAAUUCCAUCGUUCCGAGUCCGAGUCGGACCUGGAGGCGGAAGCGAUCCUGAAGGAAGAGGAGGAGGAAGCCAAUGGCAUCGCUGAUGAUAUGAGCAUUAGCGACAGAGGCGGAAACAAGCACAGUAUAGAUGGCAUUCUGGCUGACAAUAAGGACGAUAAGACAGACGAUGAAGGAUCUGACUGCGACUCAGAACCUGGUCUCUCAGUCAAACGGAAACAGAGACGCAGCAGAACUACUUUCACGGCGGAGCAAUUGGACGAAUUAGAAAGAGCUUUCGAACGCACGCACUAUCCGGAUAUAUAUACACGAGAAGAACUAGCUCAGAGAACAAAACUGACCGAAGCUCGUGUUCAAGUGUGGUUCAGCAACAGAAGAGCUAGAUUUAGAAAACAGAUGGGUAGUAAUCAGAUUACCGCCCUGAAUAGCUUUCUACAGGUGCCGCAAGGUGUCGCUAAUUCAUCGUACGUCUUCCACGAGCCAACGGGAUACUCACUGCCUUCGGGGACAGAGGGCCUGUUUCACAGAUCAACAGUACCCCAGUCUUUACAGUCAAUGAGUCAGCCAAUCAAACACGAGAACUCGUAUGCUGGUAUUAUGGAUAAUUACCUGUCUCACUCGUCACAAAUGCAUUCAUUGACGUCAAUGGUAAACACAGAAAAUACCUUUACUAACACUUGGGCAACACCAGUGACGUCAUCAACGACGUCAUCCAUUUCGAGUUAUCCACCCACAACCAACCACUACCACUCGCCCUACAGUGACGUCAGCAAAACGUCGAUUCAUUACCCACCCCACAUAACAGUACCAAGUAUGACCGAUCGAUGUUCCAUAGAUGAUAGUCUUGCAGCUCUACGCAUGCGCUCUCGUGAACAUUCCGCCGCCCUGAGUUUGAUGCAUGUUGCCGACGCUGGAAAGAUGACGGCCACCUUUUGACCUUUGACCCAAUGAAAUAGGAAUUACUAUAACAUUGAGUUUAACUGUCUAAACGUACUGCCUGCGUAAGUGAUUACGAUGCACGUGACUUACUUGAACGCAUAGAUGGGGAUGCACGUAUUACAAGACUCGAUUUGAGGGAUUGCAGGAAAUGGAACAAAUGUGAAAUGUUACUUUCUGUGUGCUCCUUAUUGCGUUAUGAAGAAAGUCUUCAUACCAAACAUGAAUGUUUCGUAGCUCCACACACGAUAUCAUACAGCAGACGAGUAUAGAGUCGAGGUGUCCAAGGAACAGACCAACAUUGACUAGACUCUCGGACUGUUCAUAAUGACAUGGACAUCUGAAAUGUAUUUGUCAUUCUCUGUGAAGUGAAGUUGCCUCAUGAACGUCCAUGUUUAUCGCAUUGUGUUGCUCUCCAGUGACAGUUGUUAUGUUGGAAACAUAUGACGUUCGCUCAUAAACUGAUGACGUAUGCUCAUGAUUUGGCUACGUAUCAUUAAAGACAAUCUUGGGAGGUGGACACCAUCUUCAAUAUUUAUGUAGCUUAUUUUGUAGAGUUUUGUAUUUUUUUAAGGAAAGCUAAUUUUAUAAGUCUGUUUUGACGUUUACAAUUCAGUAUAAUUUAUGAUAAGUCUCUGACUAAGUAUAACGCUUUGAACAUUGUCGUAUUAAUAAUACCUUGAAACUAUUUUGGGAAUAUUUUGAAUAUAAAAAUAAAUCUAAGGAAAUAUAAUACUAGUAUGAGUAUUUGUAUAUGUAAAUGUUUCAUAAAUAUGUCCAUUAUAAUGUCGAUUUGUAUUUCAUAACAGUUGUAAGCACACAAAGCGCUUGUUAUGCACAUGCGCAGUAGAUAUAGUAUCUUUUGUGUUUAAUACGUCAUGGAUGUAUGUGUACUAUAUAUUGUAUGUGAGAGAGUUAUGUCUGUGAGAUUGGAGAUACUUGUACAUAUUGUUCAUAAACCUGUCACAAUCAUUUCAUAUAUGAAUAAAAACAACAAGAAAGUA